CAACACUCAACCCAAAAGGAUAAUGAGAAGGGACAAUCAUUAGGUGGAAAGUGCUCUUGCAAGUUGAUACCUCUCCUCUUCAAUUUGGGGCCGAAUAGUUGAGAGAUUUGGAGAGAGGGAAAAUCCGUUUUCCUAAUCCUUAUCGAGCUCCUCUCUCCACCUCUCAAAAGGAGUAUUCUUGAAAAGGAACACUGAGGGUAACAAUUGAUAACGAGUCUUGGGAAGCCUUUCGGUGGUUGUCUCGUACGACGGAGUCAAACCCCCCUCGCAAUUUUUAAAUGCUGCAGUAGCUGAAGUCUACCCAAAUUCAGACACCAGAAGGUCUAAAAGACUACAACUUUCAGAAGAAAAUUGGGUUCUUGUUUGGCUAUAGAUAUGUUGGGGUGCGAGUGUUUUUGCUGGGGCAGAAGAGAGUCGGAAAUUUUCUACCCCUUUGAAGAACCAAAACCCUUUUCCCUUCCUUCACCCACUCCCCAAUGGCCUCCAGGUCAAGGUUUUGCGAAGGGGAAAAUUUGCUUAGGGGAAAUAGAAGUUCUAAAAAUCACCAAGUUUGAGAGUCUAUGGAGCUGCACAUUGCGUGGAAAAGCGAAAGGAGUUACAUUCUACAAACCAGCAGAAAUCCCCGAUGGAUAUUUCAGCCUGGGCCACUAUUGCCAGCCCAAUGACCGGCAACUGAGAGGCUAUGUUCUUGUGGCCAAAGAUGUUUCUGCUCUGAAAGUAAGCUAUAUACGUGGCUCGAUCUCAUACUCUCCAGCUCUCCAAAAGCCACUGGGUUAUACAUUAAUUUGGAGCCCAGAUUCCCAUCAGAGUGGAUGUGGAUACAUGUGGCUGCCAAAACCGCCGGAGGGUUAUAAAGCCAUGGGUUUUGUGUUGAGCGGAAGCCCACACGAGCCGGAUAUUGAAGAAGUUAGAUGCGUUAGAGCCGAUCUUACGGAGAGUUGUGAAACUUGUGAGAUGAUACUCGAGACUGAUUCCAGUUUUUCGAAGUCCUCGCUUAGGGUAUGGAACAUGAGACCACGCAAAAGGGGCAUGUUGGCUAAAGGUGUUUGUGCAGGGACAUUCUUCUGCACUACUGACCACAGUUCUGGAGAUGAGCUAAAUAUCGGGUGUUUAAAGAAUCUUGAUUCUAUGCUAUGUCACAUGCCGAAUCUAGAUCAGAUUCAUGCCCUAAUCGAGCACUAUGGACCCACUGUUUUCUUCCAUCCAGAUGAGACCUAUUUGCCCUCAUCAGUUCCAUGGUUUUUCAAAAAUGGGGCACUUUUGUACCGAAAUGGCAAGGUGAAGGGGGAGCGGAUUGAUUCUAGGGGCUCAAACUUGCCUAGUGGUGGAAUAAACGAUGGGGAGUAUUGGAUAGAUUUGCCAGAGGAGGAUAAUGAGAGAGAAUUUCUAAAAAGGGGCAACAUUGGCAGUGCCGUGCUCUAUGUUCAUGUAAAACCGGCUUUGGGAGGAACUUUCACAGAUAUAGUGAUGUGGGUCUUUUGCCCCUUCAAUGGACCAGCCACCAUUAAGGCUAGCUUAAUGACCAUUGAAAUGACGAGACUAGGUGAACAUGUGGGUGAUUGGGAGCAUUUCACCCUCCGCUUGAGCAACUUCAGUGGAGAGCUUUGGAGCGUCUACUUCUCGGAGCACAGUGGUGGUGAAUGGGUGGACGCUUGUAACUUGGAGUUCAUCGAGGGGAAUAAGCCGAUCAUUUAUUCCUCGAAGCAUGGGCAUGCAAGUUUCCCACACCCUGGGUGCUACAUUCAGGGGUCCUCGAAACUUGGGAUAGGAUUGAGGAAUGAUACUGCUAAGAGCAAAUAUUUAUUGGAUUCGAGCACCCAGUAUCAGAUAUUUGCAGCAGAAUAUCUUGGAGAUGGAGUGGUGACAGAGCCCAAAUGGUUACAGUACAUGAGAGAGUGGGGUCCAACCAUUUUGUAUGAUGGGCGGUCUGAACUGGAGAAGAUAAUCAGCCAUUUACCUAUCUUUCUUCGGUUUUCAGUUGAGAUCCUUUUUGAAUUGUUUCCAACCGAGAUCUACGGUGAGGAAGGGCCGACGGGACCCAAGGAGAAGAAUAAUUGGGAUGGGGAUGAAAGAUGCUAAGUCUGUUUCAUCUUAAAAUCCUUCCCUCUAUGCCCUUCCUUGCUUUCCUUGCUCUUGUCUAGUUGUGCGAGUCCAGUUCCUUUCCAUUCAGUUCAGGUGCUAGUCGAAUCACAAUCUUUUCCACAAGCUAAAACAUUCCAGCAGGCUAAUGGAACAAAUCGAAAGCAAAAUUCAUGCAGUAAAUUGCCAUUCUUUCCCACAAAUUGUCUGUGGAGAUGCGCCUUUCUUGUUGUAAAGGUACGCAUGUGUAAUAGUAUUAUCACUUUGUAAGAUUAUAAAAUGAGGCAUUUCUUGUAUCCCAAGUUGGCAUGAAGAAAAUUAUACUCAUGUUGUAUCAUCUGCAUGUCUGUUAUUGAGGAAAGAUAUACAGAGAUUGCGUAUAAUGUAAGUACACCUGGCGAUUUCUUCAUUCAGAUGUACUGACAUAUUUAAGUUCCUUGUUGCAAUAUAUGUUUAUGAAA